AUGGAUUUCUUUGAAAAAUGCAUGCAGCCUGUUGAAAAGUGUUUGAAGGAUGCAAAUAUGGACAUAAGCAGCAUCCAUGAUAUUGUCCUUGCCGGUGGCUCUUCUAGGAUCCCCAAGGUGCAACAGCUUUUGCAGGAUGUGUUCAAUGGGAAGGAGCUGUGCAAGGGCAUUAAUCCUGACAAAGCUGUCGCAUAUGGUGCCGCUGUUCAAGCUACUGUCUUGAGUUGUGGAAUUCAACUGGGAAGCUUCAAGAAUUCACUCUUUUGGAUGUCACCCCUCUCUCACUUGGGAAACACCAGAAUUCCUGUCAAGAAGAAGGAGGGUUUUACUACUCUCUUUGACAACCAAGACGUUGUCCGCUUUGCCAUUUAUGAGGGUGAGAGUACAAGAACUAUGAACAAUAACUUUUUAGGCGCAUUUAACCUCAAUGACAUUCCUCCAGCUCCACAGGGGGUCCCAAAAUUUGAUGUUUGCUUUCAUAUUGACGGGAAUGGUAUCAUGAGUGUCUCUGCUAAGGACAAGUCCACCGGCCAAAAGAAGGGGAUUACAUUCAAAAGUGACAGAAGAACUUCCGAAGGAAUUGAGACAUUGCCUUAA